AUGACUAAGUGUGCAAAGAAAUAUGGAAAAGCAACUGUCAGACAGAUGACCAUGGAAAUGGUUGAAUCGCAACAGCAUGACAAAGCAGUGGAUUCUGUGCCAGAGAGAGAUGCUGGUCACCUUCAGAAUCAGCCAGGCCGAAGUCAGAUUUCUCCGCUAUCUGAGGUUUCUGUAGCUGCAUCAAGUGCUGGAAGAGGAUCUCCAGCUGUAACUCUAGUGCAGUUGCCUUCUGGUCAAACUGUUCAUGUCCAGGGUGUCAUUCAAGCCACACAGCCCUCAGUCAUUCAGUCACCACACAUGCAAGCUGUUCAGGUAGCAUCGAUUGCAGGUGAAUCAGAAGGGAUAAUUGAUUCUCAAAAACGUAGGGAAAUACUUUCAAGAAGGCCUUCAUACCGAAAAAUUUUGAAUGAACUCUCAUCAGAUACUCCUGCAGUACCAAAGAUUGAAGAAGAAGAAAAGUCAGAAGAUGAAGGAGCGCCUUCUGGAAUUUCUGCAAUGGCCAUGCCAAGCAGCCUGUAUCAUACUAACACAGGGCAAUACAUUACUAUAACUCAAGGUGGUACAAUCCAGAUUUCUAAUCCAGCCUCUGAUGGUGUCCAUGGACUACAGACAUUAACAAUGACAAAUUCGGGAGCUCCUCAGCCAGGUGCUACCAUUGUGCAAUAUGCAGGACAAUCACCUGACGGCACACAACAGUUCUUUGUUCCUGGAAGCCAAGUUGUUGUUCAAGAUAGGGACUCACUUUUGUUAAGCCAUGUUGCAGCUGCCACUGGAGACAUGCCAGCUUACCAGAUUCGAACUCCCACUACUACCUUACCUCAGGGAGUGGUAAUGGCAGCCUCACCAGGAACUUUGCAUAGCCCUCAGCAACUGGCAGAAGAGGCAACACGCAAGAGAGAGCUGAGACUUCUGAAAAACAGGGAAGCUGCUAAAGAAUGUCGACGUCGGAAGAAAGAAUACAUAAAAUGUCUGGAGAGUCGUGUUGCAGUGCUAGAAGUUCAGAACAAGAAACUUAUAGAGGAGCUUGAAACCCUAAAAGACAUUUGCUCUUCCAAAACAGAUUAGUAAAAAUAUUUAUUAUACUGUGAACUGACUAAAAUAUGUCCAGUUGCUUUAUAAGGCAAUACAUAGCCAACAUGAAUUACGGCUUUCUCUUUGUGUCAUUUAUAUUAUAUUCCAACUUCUAACAUUCCUGAAAUGCUUUCCUGCUUUUUGUCAAUUCAUAGCUCUAAUUUCAGGUUUUUCAUGCUCCUCCUUUCCAUCUCCCAAGGAGCCAAAUGUUAAAAUGUAACAAAGUAAAAAAGCGCAUAAGUUCUAAGAGCUGUUUCUUUGCCAUAUAUUUACAUGCUAUUUUUUACACGUUACUGAGUGUCCUGCACAUAGAAAAUAUUUUACAAUUGUUUUAGAUAAAUCAUAAAGAUAAUGCAUCCAGUAAUACAAGAAAAUCAAACAACCCAAGGUAUCUCAGGAAAGAGUUUAUAAAAGAAUGUUAUAAUUACAUGUAUGUACUAGCAUACUAGUCUACAGAUGAUUUUAUGGCAUAUUUUUAUAUUAGUUGCUUUGUGGAAAAAAGUAUUGUAUUGCUGUCACUGAGUGCCAUGGUUAAAGAUAGUUUUUAAUAGAGCCAUGUUGUUUAACUUGUGUAGUGUCUGAUUUCCUUUAAACAUCUGGUUUUUUGAGAUGGGUUUAAAAAACCCAUGAGUGUCUGGAAGAGGACAAAGGAAAAAAGCAUACCUAAACUCAUGACAUGAUGCUAAGUAUAUUGUAAAUACCUGAAAGAAACUCUCUGUUAGAUGGCUGCUAUUAAUUUAAAUUUUCUGUAGUCUGUAGAAUAUUUGAUUUAUUAGAGGUCUAUAUAUCAAAUUCAAUUUUGCAUCCUGAAUGCUUCAUCUUCUAGAUUCUGGACAGUUGUAGACAGUUUGUCUAUAGCAAAGGCUGAUGGUGUAGUUCUUUUCACACUUUCUGCAAAGUAUUGAGAGGAAGUAAAGGUGACUUAAGGAAGCUUUCCAAUAACUAUCUGCUGAUUCACAGGGUUCUGGAAUAUCCUGUAGGUGAGAGCUGA